CAUCCGCUGUCUUUUGAGCGGCGCACGUGGAGCAAACUCAAAGUGCUCACGUUUUAUUUUAAAUUCUGCUCCAAAAAACCGAAUUAAUUAAGUUAAAACCAUGGGUCGCAAAGCUGAGUACAGUGAGAAACCUAAAAAGGGUCCUGGCCGCAAGGCGCGCAAGCAGGGAGCGCCCGUUUUUCGCAAACAAUCGUUUGCUCCCAUGGAGGAGGAGGACAAGAAGCUCUCCCACCGACAGAAGCAGCGAUCCGUGAAGCGAGAGCAGAAAAAGGUUGUCCAAAAAGCCAAACUGCUGGAGAAACGGGCGAAGGGAAAACAGCCACAACCGGUUAAGCGGAAGACAGCUUACAAUAGCGACAGCGAGCCGGAGGAUGAGGAGGAGGUGCAGGAGCAGGAGGCUUCCUCCGAUGAGGAAGUGCCCCAGCUGGUGCCGGCUCCCAAGACCCAGAAGUCCACGGCUCCCAAGGGCUUUACAGAUGAUAACGAUGCAUGGUUGAAGCCCAAACAGCAGAAGAAGCCAGCGAAAAAACCAGAAAGUGAGUCCGAAGAGGAGGAGGAGGAUGAGGACUUGGAGGAGGACUCCGAAGCUGAGCUGGAAGACGACUCAGAAGGCGAUGACGGUCUGGAAGCAGAAGAAUCCGGCGAGGAAGAGGAGGAAGAAGACGACUCCGAUGAUGACACCGCUCAGGUUGGCAAGCUGGCCGAUCUUUCCGACAAUGAUGACGCCAACUCCGACGAUGACUUCGAUAUAUCCGGCGAGGAAGAUAAUGCGGAGGCAGAUAGCGAUGAGGAGGAGGACGAAGACGACGACGAUGAUGAUGACGACAAGUUGCCCAUUGAGCGCGCCAACAAGAAGCUGAAAAAGCGCGAAGCCAAGGAAGCCCAGCUGGCCGAUGACGAGUUGUUGGAAACUGUUGACCGGCAGGAUGUGUUCCAACUGCCAACUGAAGAGGAAGAGGCCGAGAAGGACCUCACCCUGCAGGAAGUGCAGCAGCGCAUCAAGGACGUCAGCUUGGUUCUAUCCGACUUCAAAAAGUACCGCCAGGCGGAUCGGUCUCGCGGGGAAUACAUUGAAUUGCUGCGCAGGGAUCUGUGCUUGUACUACAGCUACAACGAGUUUUUGAUGGAGAAGCUGAUGGACAUGUUGCCGCUCACCGAGCUCAUGGAGUAUCUGGAGGCCUCAGAGAUUGCUCGGCCGCUGACCAUACGUACCAAUACUCUAAAAACACGUCGGCGGGAUUUGGCCGGAGCCCUGAUCAAUCGUGGCGUCAACUUGGAUCCCCUGGGCAAGUGGACCAAGGUUGGAUUGGUCGUCUUUAACUCGCAAGUGCCGCUGGGUGCCACCCCCGAGUAUCUGGCCGGUCACUAUAUGAUCCAGGGAGCCUCGUCGCUGCUGCCUGUGAUGGCCCUCGCGCCGCAGGAAAACGAACGCAUCCUGGACAUGUGCUCAGCUCCUGGUGGCAAAGGAUCCCAUAUCGCUAGCAUCAUGAAGAACACCGGUGUGCUGUUUGCCAACGAUUCCAACAGGGAUCGCAUCAAGGCCAUUGUGGCCAACUUCCAUCGGCUGGGAAUUGUAAAUGCAGUGGUUAGCUGCGAGGAUGGUGCGAAGUUCCGGAACAUUAUGACUGGCUUUGAUCGCGUCUUGCUGGAUGCUCCUUGCACAGGAACUGGUGUUGUCUCUAAGGAUCCCAGUGUCAAGACCACCAAGUCGGAAGUUGAUGUGCAGCGGUGCUAUAACUUGCAGAGGAAGCUUCUGCUCACCGCCAUCGAUUGUACGGAUGCGAAAUCAUCGACCGGCGGCUAUAUUGUGUACUCCACUUGCUCAGUGCUGCCCGAGGAGAACGAGUGGGUCAUCGACUAUGCGUUGAAAAAGCGAAAUGUCAAGCUGGUGCCCACUGGACUGGACUUUGGCGUUGAGGGCUUCACCAAGUUCCGGCAGCAUCGGUUCCAUCCCAGCUUAAACCUCACAAAGCGUUACUAUCCGCACACCCACAACAUGGACGGAUUCUACGUGGCCAAGCUGAAGAAGUUCUCCAACACCAUACCCAUAACCAAGGAGCAGCAGGAGGAGGAUGAGAAGCAGCUGGACGAGGCCAUCGAGGCUGAGGCCACCGCAGAAGUGGCUGAGGAGGCUGCGGAGCCCGAGGAGGAGUCAGGACAGGAAAAGGGGCCCAAAAAACUGCUGGGCAAGCGAGCGGGCAAACCCAGCUUCACCGAAAUCGAACAGGAGUUGAAAAAGAAGAAACGGGAGGAGAGCAAGACCAAGUAUGUGGCCAAGGUGUUUGAGCAGCCUGUGAAGGCGCCCAAAAAGCCAAAGCCUGAAAAGCCCGUGGAGCAGAAGGAGAAGAAAUCCCAGGAAGUAGUGGAGAAAACAAAUGGAAGCGAGGCACCAUCCAAACCAGCGUCUAAAAAGAACCAACCCAACGGCAGCCAGCCAGCUUCCAAGUCAGAUGCCAAAUCAUUUAAGAAAAAGAAGCAGGAAAAUGGAAACGCUUCGCCAGCCAAGCCAGUGGGCAAGAAGUCAAAGGCCAACGGCACUGAUAAACCUGCCAAGCCAGCGGCAAAGGAACCUAAAGCAAAACCACAGGUUAAAGUGGAACAGCCGGCGAAGUCCAAGCCAUCCAAACUAGCCAAGGCGCCAAGAGUGGAGAUCGACGAAGUGCCCAUUCUGGAGGGAAAGCCCAUCAAGAAGCAAAACAAGCUGAAGCAAAAAUCCAAGCAGAUCGGGCAGCUGAAAAAGUCCAAGACGGGUGCGAAUGCGGGAAAGAAGCAAAAGUUUAAGAAGUGAACAUUUUAGAUCCAGUUUGGUUAAGUAGACUAUAAGCUGUAAAGUUGGGGUAGUCCGAGCAAGAUUACCUGUUUAAUAUAUUGAACGAUCUUAGCUAAUGAUUGAGUGUUGAUCUACAAUUGUGUUGUAACUAACGAUCAGAUUCAAUAAACGUUAAGCU